AUGAAUGAUGACAACGUUGAUUAUGAUUUUAAUAAUGCUGCUGCUGUUGUGGAUGACAAUGACAAUAUUGCUGGCCCUGAUGAUGAUGAAGAUGAUGGCAAUGACGAUGAUGGUGGUGAUAAUAAAAGGAAAGUCCAUUCUAUGGAGAAAACAUUUUUGGCAGCAAGACUAACUGAAAUUCAAUGGCUUCAUGAAACCCACUAA